GCUUGAGCCUCGCGAUGUGCACGACAGUGGUGUAGCAGCAGCUUCAACGUGGAUACACAUUUUUGCGACAGGCCAUCCACGCAGCCACGAACCCUCGAUAGGUACCCGGCGGCAAAACAACUUUCGGUCCGAAUCGAUACCGUCGUCUACAAAGAACCCGGUUCUACUUUCGGCAGUCCCUGAAUCCCCGACAACCCCUCCAUCAGAGCUCGAAUCGAUCGAUCAUCAUCCAAGAAAAAUGGCAGCCAUCGCCAUGGGCGCGCAGCCUUUGCGCAUGACCUCCCUCUUCCCCCGCAUCUCCGCGCCAGCCUUCGCUCAGUCACCAAGGAUCCUCUCCCUCUACACACGCCAAGUCACCAACUCGUUCCUCCCGGCGCUCUCCUUCGCGCUCCCGGCUUUCAACCUCAACAUCCCCGCCUGGCUCGGCGGCAUCUGGGAGUCCAUCCUGCGAGCGGUACCCAAGAAGAAGACCUCUCACUCGAAGAAGAGACACAGGCAGAUGGCAGGCAAGGCGUUGCAGGAUGUCAAGUCUCUGUGCAAGUGCCCAGGCUGCGGCCAGAUCAAGAGGCAGCACAUGGUAUGCCCACACUGCCUGAGCAAGAUCAAGGAUAUGUGGAAAGAUGAGAACCCCUCAGGGAAGUUCGUUUAAAUCGCCCAAUGGCCGUGUAACAUUUCGAGACGUGUAUAUUCAAGUGUACAAUUUGUUAGCAUACUUUGGCGUUUGGGACAAUCCAUCACCUUCUUCCGAC